GACUUCUGGCCCGCCCUCACACAAAGUCGGGCCGGCCUGGGGAGGUGGUCCAGUCCGAGGCGGCUGCUGAGUCCCGUGUGUUGGUCUCCUGAGCCUGAGAGGAUCUCAGUUCUGUGAAACGGAGGAACAUGAUAAGGCGUUGGCUGAUUAUUUGUGUCCUUUUUCCCCUGAAGCUCAUAGGGACAUGUGAGUCGACAGUCAGCCUCACUGUUCCUCCCACCGUGAAGCUGGAAAAUGGAAGCUCAGCCAACGUCAGCAUUGCCCUUCAGCAUCCGUUAAAUACAACCUUGGCGAUCACUUUUGAGAUCACAUUUCGUUCAAAAAAUAUUACUAUCCUUGAAUUUCCCGAUGAAGUUGUGGUGCCUCCCGGAGUGACAAAUUCCUCUUUUCAAGUGAAGUCUCAAAAUGUUGGACAAGUUACCGUUUUUCUUCAUGGAAAUCAUUCCAACCAGACCGGCCCAAGGGUACGCUUCUUGGUGAUCCAUAGUAACGUCGUUAGCAUCAUAAACCAGGUGAUUGGCUGGAUCUACUUCGUGGCCUGGUCCGUCUCCUUCUACCCUCAGGUGAUCACGAACUGGAGGCGGAAAAGUGUCGUUGGUCUGAGCUUUGACUUCGUGUCCCUAAACCUGACAGGCUUUGUGGCCUACAGCGUGUUCAAUAUCGGCCUCCUCUGGGUGCCAUACUUCAAGGAGCAGUUUUUCCUCAAAUAUCCAAAUGGAGUGAACCCCGUGGACACUAACGACGCCUUCUUCAGCCUGCACGCGGUCGCCCUCACCCUGGUUGUCUUAGUGCAGUGCUUCCUGUACGAGCGAGGCAACCAGCGUGUGUCCUGGCCUGCCAUCGGCUUCCUCGUGCUCUCGUGGCUCUUUGCCCUCGUCACCAUGAUUAUGGCCGCAGUCGGGGCAACCACCUGGUUGCAGUUUCUCUUCUGCUUCUCCUACAUCAAGCUUGCAGUGACACUGGUCAAGUAUUUUCCACAGGCCUACAUGAACUUCUACUACAAAAGCACAGAGGGCUGGAGCAUUGGCAACGUGCUUCUGGACUUCACUGGGGGCAGCUUCAGCCUCCUCCAGAUGUUCCUCCAGUCCUACAACAACGACCAGUGGACCCUGAUCUUUGGAGACCCAACCAAGUUUGGACUCGGCAUCUUCUCCAUCUUCUUCGAUAUUGUCUUCUUCGUCCAGCACUUCUGCUUGUACAGAAAGAAACCAGGGCUUCAGGCAGCACGCACAGCACGUCCCAGGCAGGAUUGCGCGCUGAGCUUGGAGCCGAAGGCUGUGCCCCAAGCAACCAGCAUCUCUGGGAGGAGCUUGAGAGACUGACCUUGCAGCUGGGAGAGCCAAGGGCACUUUGCUGCCACUGCUGUGUUCCCAGAGACCAAGCAGCCAGGUGCUGUGGGCAGUGGACUCAGGUGUUGGUGCUGGUACUGGUGGUAGAGGGGCUAGGACUGAGGGGUUAGGUCUCGAGGUUCCUUCUCUGAAGGUCACAUUCUCUGAGCACUCACCUUCCUGACACUCAUUCUACAUAACUCAGCUUCCAUACCUGCAAUCACAGGCGGCCCAGGCCAGGGCCUAGAAACUGUUUCUGAGCCUUGAGGUGCCCAACAGAUGGGUUCUGAACUGGGCUCAUGUCCAACACCCUCUGGAUCUUUAUCACACUAACCCAUUUAGAUUUUUUGGAGGGAAGUUUUGGAAGAAAGGGGCUUAAUUUCUUCUGCCUUUUGCCCACUUUCACUUUCCCGGAGUCAGGGGCCCCAUGUGAGCCCCUCCAACUGCUCCUCACCCUGCGUCUGGAGUGCGGGACAUGUGCACACCAGUCCAUGCCUUAGAGGCCUGGUGGACCUGCCAGAUGGUGAGAGGAGCUCCCCUCC